AUGCCCCACCCUUCUGAAAAACCCGAAAUGACGGCGGACCCUAUUGCGAUAAUUGGAACAGGAUGUCGAUUCCCGGGAGAUUCUACAUCCCCCUCUCGACUCUGGAAGCUGAUCCGCAACCCGCACAUUGUGGCUUCCGAGCCUCCCAAUGCUCGGUUCGAUGUCAAUGCCUUUUACCACGAGACCGCAAGUUUUCCAGGAACCACCAAUACAAGGGAGUCUUACUUCCUAGCAGAAGAUCCUCGACCAUUCGAUGCUCCAUUUUUCAACAUUUCUGCUCUUGAAGCUCAAAGUAUCGAUCCCCAACAGAGGCAGCUUCUAGAAACAGUGUUCGAGUCUAUUGAAGCAGCGGGUCUUCGUAUGGACGAGCUUCGUGGUUCUUUUACGGGCAUCUUCUGCGGUGUUAUGAGCGGUGACUGGGGAGAUCUCGUGUCCGCAGAUUACAAAUCUAUCCCUCGUUAUUUGGCAACUGGUGUAGCCCGAAGCAAUCUUGCUAAUCGAAUCUCUUACUUUUUUGACUGGCAUGGCCCAUCUGUGGCUGUGGAUACUGCCUGCUCGUCUAGCUUGGUUGCUCUUCAUCAGGCUGUUUCUGCUCUCCAACGGAAUGAGUGCUCAGUGGCUAUUGCAGCUGGAACGAAUCUGCUUCUUAGUCCUGGCCUCUUUAUCACAACAACAAAAUUCCAGAUGCUAUCUCCUACAGGCCGUAGCCGUAUGUGGGAUUCUAAGGCUGAUGGCUAUGCCAGAGGCGAGGGGAUUGCAUCGGUUGUUCUAAAACGAUUGAGUGAUGCUGUUGCUUGUGGUGACCCAAUCGAAUGCGUCAUCAAAGCUACUGGUGUGAACCAAGAUGGCCGCACUAUGGGCCUUACAAUGCCUUCCAGUGCGUACCAGUUACAGCUAAUUGAGUCCACAUACGCUUGCGCCGGAUUGAACCCAAAACUUGCUGAAGACCGUUGUCAGUUCUUUGAGGCCCACGGGACCGGGACGUUGGCAGGCGAUCCACAAGAAGCAUCGGCCAUCUAUCAAGCUUUCUUUGGAACGCCCGUCCCUGGUAAUGAAACCAAAGAGACUGGAGAUAUCCUACAUGUGGGGUCUAUAAAAACCGUUAUUGGACAUACUGAAGGCACUGCGGGCCUAGCAGGCCUCAUCAAGGCUUCGUUAUGCAUCCAGAAUGGUGUUAUACCCCCCAACUUGCUCUACGAAAAACUCAAUCCUGAACUGGAACCUUUUGCCGCCCAUCUCAAAGUGCCUACCGAACCCCUUCCUUGGCCAUCCCUUCGGCCAGGAGUCCCUCGGCGCGUGUCUGUCAAUUCCUUCGGAUUUGGAGGAACAAAUGCACAUGUUAUCCUUGAAAGCUACCAUAGUGCUCAAGACCAAAAACCACCCAACGGAGUCAAAUCGGCCACUCUUCUUCCUGCUGUGCUUCCAUUUGUUUUUUCCGCCACUACUGGUAAUGCGCUUGCUGCAGUCCUCCACAAAUAUUUACAGUACCUUCAGAAGAAUCCCUCCAUAAAUCUAAUGGACCUUGCAUGGACUUUACUUCGUCGGAAAUCUGCCUUAAAAUAUCGCUUGACACUAUGGGCCCCAGCCGUUGAUAUCCUGCUGAAGAAGAUCGAAGAAGAACUUGAAUUCGCCAAAACAACUCAAUCAUUGAGGUUUAGUUACCAGCGCAGCACUGGCGCGCGGAAGUAUAUCUUAGGAGUGUUUACAGGUCAGGGUGCUCAGUGGCCCCAAAUGGGGUUUGAUCUAAUUUCAAGUUCUUCUGAUGCUCUCAUGUGGCUACAAGAGAUGCAAGACUCUCUUGAUCAAUUGCCAAACAAAUAUCGUCCCAAGUUUUCUCUCGUCGAUGAACUUUCUGACGCAUCUUCGAACCUCAACAAUGCAGUUCUCUCCCAGGCACUAUCUGUGGCUGUGCAAAUAAUCCUUGUCAGAUUUCUCUCUGCUCUUGGGGUUUCAUUUGUCGCAGUAGUAGGCCACUCUUCUGGCGAAAUUGCUGCUGCGUAUGCCGCUGGACUCCUUAGUGCUACAGAUGCAAUUAAAAUUGCAUAUCUGCGGGGUCUUGUGGUCGCUCAAGCUUGUUCUAAGACUGGUCAGCCUGGGGCGAUGAUGGCUGUUGGAAUAUCUGCAGAGGACGCCGUAGCUCUUUGUAUACAGGAAGAGUUCAAGGGAAGAGUUACGAUGGCGGCAAGCAAUGGCCCAACUAGCGUGACAUUGUCUGGCGAUGCCGAUGUGAUCCAUGAAUUAGAACAUACACUUAAAGAAGAGAAGAAAUUUACCCGAAUUCUUCGUGUCGAUAAAGCAUAUCACUCCCAUCAUAUGGAACCUUGCUCCUACCAGUAUCUCCUGGCGAUGGAAGAAUGCAACAUUAAACCCCAAUCUCCAAACAACACUUGUUGGUACUCAAGUGUAUAUUCCGAAACCGAGAUGACUACCGCAAAACACAAGCUAAGCCUUAGCUCUGGCUACUGGAAAGAAAAUAUGGUUAACCCAGUAUUGUUUUCCCAGGCUAUAGCGACCGCUCUCUCUCAGGAAAAUUCAUCGCCUGAUUUGGUGAUUGAAGUCGGACCACACCCAGCUCUUAAAGGACCAGUGCAGCAAAUCUUUGCAGAUAUUUUACCUUCAGGGUCGGAUGUUCCUUAUAUUGGACUUUGCAAUCGUGGGGGCAAUGGGGUCGAGUCUUUUGCGUCCGCUAUCGGGAAUAUGUGGGCUUGUUUGGGCCCAGAUGCUUUGGAUAUUACUAGCUAUCUGGCAUUAUUCAACUCAUCCCAGCAGCUGAAGUUUGUCCAGGACCUUCCAACAUAUCCAUUCGAUCAUAGCAAGGAGUAUGAUUUUCAAACACGACUGUUAAACCAACACUUGCACCACCGCGGCAUUACACACCCUCUGCUUGGAACUUUGGAGCCGGAAACUGCUGAUGGGGAGUGGCGCUGGCGGCAUUAUCUGCGACUGGAAGACCUUCCAUGGCUUGGUGGGCAUUGUGUCGAAUCACAGAUUGUAUUUCCAGCUAGUGGAUAUCUUGUUAUGGCUCUGGAGGCUGUUCAUGCCAUUGCACAUGAUCGGGCUAUGCACCUUUUACAGCUUCAUGACGUGCGAAUUCAUCAAGCAAUUGUAUUGCCAGACCAUGGCUCAUCUGGAAUUGAAACACUCUUCCGGCUCAUCCAGUCAAGGGAGCAAGGUAACGUCACCACUGGAACCUUUCACGUACAUGCUAGCACAGGCGACUCGUUUCAGGUUCGCGCCUCUGGAACCUUUCAGGUAAGCUGGGGCCAACUCGAUACAGCAGCUUUACCAGAUCAGAGUGAAGUAGAACCUGGACUGAAGCCCGUGGAUAUCGAAGACUUCUACUUAUUCCUUGCUAAGAUGGGCUAUAAUUUUAGUGGAAUGUUCAAACGAGUACACUCCCUUUCUCGAAAGAAGGACUUAUCUCAUGGCGAAAUAUACAAUAUUAGUUAUGACGAUAAGAUAUGUCCAUUUUUGUUUCAUCCCGCAGUCUUGGACGCUUGUUUUCAAACUAUGCUUGGUGCGCUUGGUGCACCUGAUGAUGGUGAGCUUUAUACAUUGAUGGUUCCAACACGUAUCAAGUCAGCAAUCAUUAAUCCUGCAUUCUGCGGCGCGUUUGGCGGUAAUUGUACCGACCAACUCCUUUCUUCAGACACCACUGUGAUUAAACUCGACGCUGAUGGUAUUUCUGGUGAUGUUGAUCUUUUCACUCAUGACAGGCGCUGCAUAAUUCAAUUUGAAGGAGUUGAAAUCUCGCCGCUUCUACGGCCACAGGACGAGAGGCAAAUUUUCUCCAAACUUGUCUGGGGACCAUUCUCUCCGAAUCCGGACUGGGAAUCUUAUUGUAAAUCACCAGAAGCCUCUGUCCAUCUAAUGAUGGCGAUGGAAAAAAUUUCCCUUCUGAAUGUGAAGCUUACGGUAUCACAGUUGACUAUGGAGGACCGUGAAAACCUGGACUGGCAUCGCUCCAAGGUGGUGGCAUGGAUGGACCACAUAUUGGAACUAACUCGCAAGGGACACCAUCCCAUUUGCCCCAAGGAAUGGUUAGAGGGCAGUAAAGAAGAUAUCAACAGAAUUUCUCAAGAACUUUCUGGGUCUGCCGCCGUUGAUAUGGCUGGCGUCGUCGGAGCAAACAUGAUACGGUUUCUCCGUGGUGAGACGUCUAUGCUAGAAGAAGUCCGUAAGAAUGAUGUCCUUACACGUUUCUACAAAUUCGAUCCAGAAACUCAGGUGAUGAACGAGCAAGUUGGGCGUAUGGCUGCUCAGAUUGCUUUCCGAUUUCCUCGCAUGAAGAUCUUGGAAAUUGGUGCGGGCACAGGCUCUGCCACCAAUGCAGUUCUUGAAUGUAUUGGUCGAUCUUACUACUCCUAUACUUUUACUGAUAUCUCCGUGGGAUUCUUUGAAGAAGCACAGGCUGCUUUUGCUGCACACGAGGAUCGGUUCAUUUACCAAUCUCUUGACAUCGAUCGAGAUCCCCUUCAGCAAGGUUUCGAGGAGCAUUCGUAUGACCUGAUUGUGGCAGCAAAUUGUCUUCACGCCACAAGAACGAUCCAGCAGACUAUGACCUAUGUCCGACGACUGCUCAAACCAGGAGGAUAUCUAAUACUGUUGGAGGUGACAAAUAUGGAAACCAUCAGGACCACCUUCCUUGUUGGUGGUUUCGAGGGCUGGUGGGCUGGCCACCAAGAUGAGCGUGUCUGGGGCCCCAUGCUCAGUGUCCCGAGUUGGGAACAAGUCCUCAAGCAAACGGGAUUUAGCGGCAUCGAUGCGCAUACUAUGCUCGGAGACCCAAAAUAUAGCGUUAACUCGGUGAUUGUUUCACAGGCUGUUGAUGAUUAUUUCCGUCUCUUACGAGAACCCUUAGCCGUGUCCUUUGACGAAGCAUCGAUACCACAGCUUCAAGAACUAGUAAUUUUAGGUGGGGCCACGGAUAAAACCUCUUCUCUUGCGUCCGAUUUGUGUAUUAUUUUGAAAAGCCGCUUUGACCGCAUUAUUUGCGCCGAUACCCCCGAGUUGGUCGAGAUAGAUGAGAUAUCAAACCCAGUAAUCCUGAGCUUGGUUGACCUUGAUCGACCCUGUUUCCAGGAGCUAAAUGAAAAGCGCCUUCAAUAUCUUCAGAAAUUGACCACUGCUGCGGCAAAACUUUUGUGGGUGGCGACUGGGUCCGAAGGCGACUGCCCUUAUCUUGGAAUGAGUAAGGGAUGGUUGAGAUCUCUAGCUCACGAGAACAAAAGCUGCCUAUACCAAUACCUAAAUAUUGACAGGAUAGAUGCAACAAGCUCGUCACUUCUCGCAAGUACCCUGAUGAGCCUGGCAUAUACAAACUGUCGGAAUGACUACACACUGUCAACAGGCAUCCAUACUACUGAGCCUGAAUUGCACUUUAAAGAUGGCGUCAUGAGGAUCUGCCGUCUCCAUAAAGAUCCAGUCCCGAAUAAAAGGUAUGUUUCGGCCAGAAGAUAUGUUCACGAGGAGGUAGAACUAUUGAAUUCCACAGUCUGUGCUAUUCCAGAUACCAGAAAUUGUUAUCAACUGCAUGUCGAUAAACGCCGGCCAAGUGUUGAAAGGAAGACGAACAGAGUCUUGAUACGAACGCGAUAUUCAACCGCGAAAGCCAUCCAGGUUGGAGAUGGCUUCCUCCAUUUGGUUAUUGGUGAAGAGGAAGGAACUGGCAUUCGGCGCCUUGCCUUUUCUGAAGACCAUAAAUCGAAGGUAGAAGUACCAGCUGACUUAGCCUUGGACGUCUCUAACAGUGUCCCUCCUGGAAAAGAGGCGAUCUUUCUGAAAGCCGUUGUCGACUGUGUAAUUGCAAGUUCGUUGGUGGAAAAUGGAGCUCCUAAUAGCUCCAUCAUUAUUCACGACGCCGGUGGCGUACUCCGAAAUUCGAUUUGCAACCUAGCUCGCCCAAAAUGCAUUAAGACUCACUUUACCACAAGCAAUCCUACCGCUGAUGAAGAAAAUACCACAUUCUUACACCCAAGAACCUCGACACGGGCCUUAAUUGGGGUUAUUUCGGAGAAUCUAUCUCUGAUAGCAAGUUUUUCCACGAAGGAAGAGGAGACAGGCAGUAUCUUCGCCCGAAUUCGGACCUUGCUGCCUAAAAAUAUUGAACGUCAUACAUUAGAGACACUCUUCCAACUGGAGCCUCGCCAACCAAAACAGGGCUAUAUCAAUCAACUAGCUGAUAAACUCCAUGGCGCUUGCACACUGGCCACCAAACUGGUGGAUGAUAAUCUGAAAUGUGAAGUGGUUACCAUUGACAAUCUUCGAAACCAACCCGUGAAGCCUGACAGUUUGAUCGAUUGGAGCAGGUCUUCUCGUGUCUUAGCAAGGGUGGACCCGGUGACAUCACUGGUUACAUUUUCGAAGAACAAAACUUAUAUCUUAGCUGGAAUGGCGGGAGACUUAGGUCAAUCUUUAUGUACUUGGAUGGUUAGAAAAGGAGCGCACUACGUUGUCUUGAGUAGUCGAAGCCCUAAUGUCGACCCGAAAUGGAUUGAAGCCAUGGCAAAAGAAGGAGCUCAAGUGGUCCCUAUGGUUAUGGAUAUCUCGAAUCGCGCUUCGGUUGGCGCCGUCUUCCAUGAGAUUCAAAACCGAUUUCCCCCUAUUGGAGGCGUGGUACAUGGUGCCCUGGUUCUUGCAGACUGCCUGUUCAAGGACACUGCCCUAGAGCUCAUGCAGAAGACCUUCGCCGCUAAAGUCCAAGGAAGUUUGCUUUUGGAUGAAAUUUCGGAGAAUAUUGCAACCUUGGAUUUCUUCGUUAUAAUUGGAUCAUUGACUGGAAUCGUCGGCAACUGGAGUCAAUCUGCAUAUUCCGCAGCUACAGGCUUCCAAACUAGUCUCAUUCAACAGCGUCGUGCGCGAGGUCGCGUUGGGAGCAUCAUCCACCCAGGCGUGAUUAGUGGAGUGGGCUACAUCGCCCGUGCGGGCACCUCUCUUGCAUACUACGUGCGAAAUGCAACGGGCUCGUUCCUCCUAUCUGAACGAGAUUUGGACAAGAUGUUCGCCGAGGCUAUUCUUGCUGGACCUCCGGAUUCCGGCCUGAACCCUGAGAUCAUCACAGGAACGCCAUCUCUCAACCCUGAGCAGCACACGAAUGUCGUCUGGUAUGAGAAUCCCAUGACCUGGGACUGUAUUGAUUACUGUGUCAAGCCUGCAGCAGAUACAGGUGUCGUGAUUACACUCGGCUCGAUGAAGGCUUUACUUGAAUCGGCAACAAGCAUGCAGGAUGUCUCCGAAAUCAUUAGCGCUGGUUUAACUGCCAAAGUUCGCAGCAAGUUUAAUCUUUCGGCGGAUAUCGAGGUGACGCCAUCCACGCGGCUUGCAGAUUUGGGCAUGGACUCCCUGGUUGCAGUGGACUUGCGGACCUGGUUUGCCGAGAAGCUAGCAGUCGAAAUCCCCCUUCUACAGAUCAUGAGCGGCACGUCCAUUCAGGAACUCACAACAGAGGCCGCCUCGGGGGUUCCAGCCAUCUUAAUCCCAAAUGUUAAUAUAACUGGAACGAAUUCCUCUUUACCGGUACUAUCUAGUAACUCUCAAUCUGACUCCCCUACGGCGCAGUCAUAUGAUAUGGUAUCAUCUGCCGGAUCGGAGGAUAAAUAA